AAUAACUUUAGGCACUAUGGACAUAGGUAUAUAUAACUAUUCUAUCACUUUUGUUAGUUUUACUUUAUCUUUAUCUUAAUUCAUUGUAUCUACUUGCUACCUGCACUGUCGAGGAGAACUGAUCUUAGGACACUGGAAUCUCAAUGCCAGCAAUGACUGCUACUGCAUGUUUGCUUUUCAUUUAACCAAAGUAAAGACCUUGAAGCCAGAUGUUUCUCUAUCUGCUCCCUCUGCCCCGCCUCCACUGAGCGCAUCGUGUUACAAAGUUAGGAGCAAAAAAUGGUUUCAAGGAAAUGAAAGUGAAACAAAAUUCCACGUCACACUGUAACAAGCUAUAUAAUAGGAACAACCCAGUUACAGUCAUUCACACUCUACCCACACACUGAGCAGGUCUGGUUUAACCCAGGGGCACAUUCCUAUUCAGAAAUGUACCAACAGCAGUCCUACUCCUGGGAGGAAGAUGACUUUGAGCUUCCACCAGGGGUUAAGAAAAUUGGCCAUAAACAGCCAAAUUGCGGUCAGACCUACGUCAUGUACCACGGCACCACCAAGACCAUAGCAAAGGCCAUCCUGAGAGAGGGGUUCCGCCAGUCUGCGGACGGGAUGCUGGGCCGUGGCGUCUACCUCAGCCGUGACCUGAACAAGGCCAGCAGGUAUCCCAUCGACCCUAAGCUGCCUGACUCAGAGCGGGUGGUGAUCAGGGUGAGGGUCAACGUGGGGAACGUGAUCGCAAUUGACCGCCAGCGCCAUCCUCGCCAGAAGAACUGGCACGAUAGCCGGUACGGGGAGGUUUUCGACACUGCCUGGUGCCCCCCGGACUGCGGCAUGACGCCGAGCGGCAUGGAGGAGGACUGCGUCUGGGACCCCAACCGCAUCAAGAUAGACAAGUGUAUCACCCCGACCCCUAUGGCUGGGCCAAAGCCCGGCCAUUCAUUCCAGGUCUGGUUUAACCCACGGGCACAUUCCUAUUCAGAAAUGUACCAACAGCAGUCCUACUCCUGGGAGGAAGAUGACUUUCAGCUUCCAUCUGGGGUUAAGAAAAUUGGCCAUGAACAGCCAAACUGCGGCCAGACCUACGUCAUGUACCACGGCACCACCAGGACCAAUGCAACGGCCAUCCAGAAAGAGGGGUUCCGCCAGUCUGCGGGCGGGAUGCUGGGCCGUGGCGUCUACCUCAGCCGUGACCUGAACAAGGCCGGAGCGUAUCCCAUCGACCCUACUCUACCUGACUCCCAGCGGGUGGUGUUCAGGGUGAAGGUCAACGUGGGGAACGUGAUCGCGAUUAACUACCAGGGCCAUCCUCGCCAGAAUAACUGGCACGAUAGCCGGUACGGGGAGGUCUUCGACACUGCCUGGUGCCCCCCGAACUGCGGCAUGACGAGGAGCGGCUUGGAGGAGGACUGCGUCUGGGACCCCAGCAGCAUCAAGAUAGACAGGUGUAUCUCACCAACCCCUAGGGCUGGGCAAAUGCCCGGCCAUCCAUUCUAUAAAGCACAUUCCUGUUCAGAAAUGUACCAACAGCAGUCCUACUCCUGGGAGGAAGAUGACUUUCAGCUUCCAUAUGGAGUUGAGAAAUGUGGCCAUAAACAGCCAAAUUGCGGUCGGACCUACGUCAUGUACCACGGCACCACCAGGACCAUAGCAACGGCCAUCCUGAGAGAUGGGUUCCGCCAGUCUGCGGGCGGGAUGCUGGGCCGUGGCGUCUACCUCAGCCGUGACCUGAAAAAGGCCAGCAGGUAUCCCAUCGACCCCAGUCUACCUGACUCAGAGCGGGUGGUGUUCAGGGUGAAGGUCAACGUGGGGAACGUGAUCGCGAUUAACCACCAGCGCCAUCCUCGCCAGAAGAACUGGCACGAUAGCCGGUACGGGGAGGUCUUCGACACAGCCUGGUGCCCCCCGGACUGCGGCAUGACGAAGAGCGGCUUGGAGGAGGACUGCGUCUGGGACCCCAACCGCAUCAAGAUAGACAGGUGUAUCGCUCCGACCCCUAUGGCUGGGCCAAAGCCCGGCCAUCGCUUCUAUGCAGAUUCCUAUUCAGAAAUGUCCCAUCAGCACCCGUUCUCCUGGGUGGAAGAUGUCUUUCAGCCUCUAUUUGGGGUUGAGCGAAUGGGCCAUGGAAAGCCAAAUUGCAAUAAGACCUACGUCAUGUACCACGGCACCACCCGGACCAAUGCAACCGCCAUCCAGCGCGAUGGUUUCGUACAGUCGGCGGACGGGAUGCUGGGCUGUGGCGUCUACCUCAGCCGUGACCUGAACAAGGCCAGCAGGUACCCCAUCGACCCGAGUCUACCUGACUCAGAGCGGGCGGUGUUAAGGGUGGAGGUCAACGUGGGGAACGUGAUCGCGAUUAACUACCAGGGCCAUCCUCGCCAGAAGAACUGGCACGAUGGUGGCUGGCUCGUGACCAGGGAGGUCUUCGACACUGCCUGGUGUCCCCCGAACUGUGGUAUGACGCCAAGUGGCAUGGAGGAGGACUGCGUGUGGGACCCCAGCCGCAUCAAGAUAGUCAAGUGUAUCUCCCCGACCCAGAGGGGUCAGAGGGGUCAGAGGGGUCAGAGGGGUCAGAGGGGUCGGAGGGGUCAGAGGGGUCUGUGCAGGAUCCCUUAAGUGGGAGCACACCUCAUGUUGAAGUUAGAAAUGUGACAAAAUUUGCCCAAUUCGGCCAAUGUUUUGCUUUUUGGUACAUUUGCAUUUUUUAAAUAUCAUAUUUUUCAUUGUUUCAUUCCAAAAAAACAUUUUAUAAAAA